AUGAAGACAUCGCCUGCCAUGCUUGGAAUUGGGAAAUUUCUUUGGGUUCUCUUCCUAAUACCAGAUUUGUGCAUCUGGAGUAUUUGCGGAGAAGAGCCAUGCAAAGUACAACUUUACGUUAAGAGAAGUUCUGUACACCAUGUCCUGGCAGGCGAUUCCUUUGAACUGAAGUGCCCUGUGAAAUACUGUGGCCACAGACCUAAUGUGACUUGGUGUAAGCUUAAUGGAACCAACUAUUUACCUCUGGUGGAUAGACCCCAGAUACACAUGAGUUGGAAAGAAGGGGAGAAUAUUUCAGAUUUUAUUCUACAUUUUGAAUCAGUGCAUCCUAGUGACAAUGGAUCAUACAGGUGUUCUGCAAAUUCUACAUCUCAUGUUAUUCACAGCCACUCAACAGCCAUUUAUGUGACAGACACAAAAUCUGCCAGUAGACCACCAUCCAAGAAAGAGAUGGCAGACUCACCGUGGCUCCUUUACGGUUUGCUGGCUUCAGGAGGAUUGCCCCUGCUCCUUAUCACCUGCUUCUGCCUCCUCUGCUGCCUGAGAGGGCACCCAGGGAAACAAAAGAAGCCUUUUGAUGCUGCAGGAAGAGAAAUUAACCUGGUUAACAUGCCCCAGCUCAUCAGGGGUGAGCAAGCUGACGUGGGCACCAGGAAAAAUUCUCAAACACUGCCACCGGAAACUGGAAUUUAUGAUAAUGACCCCUGGUUUAAAAUGCAGGAAGGGUCUGAGGUUUAUUCUAACUCAGGCCUGGAGGAAACCAAACAGGGUAUUGUUUAUGCUUCCCUGAACCAUGCUAUCAUUGGAAUGAACCCAAGACAGGCAAAAAAUGAGAAAGAAGAACCUACAGAAUAUGCAUCCAUAUGUGUGAGGAGUUGAGUCUAGUUCUGACCCUAAGCAGUGGUCAGUAAAUGGUUAGCACAUCAACCAUUGCUAACCAAUAGUUAGCACGUCAAUGCCAUUGCUGGGACCCAAAGGAUGUCAAAUAACAUCUCUCAACUUGGCAGUUUUCAC